AUGAAGUCUACAGUCUUGAUCAGCCUUGGAUUGGCCGGCAUUGCGUCCGCAACACCAACCAAAUCGAUAGAGAAACGAGCCAGUUUUUGCGGACAAUGGGACUCGCAAGUGACCGGCAGUUAUACUGUGUACAAUGAUCUCUGGGGGGAGGCAGAUGCAACAUCUGGCUCGCAGUGUACGACAAUAAACUCCCUUAGCGACAACACUUUGGCUUGGGAGACUGAAUGGACUUGGGUUGGGGGUCCGUCGAACGUGAAAAGCUUCGCGAACGCUGCCUACACUUUUACGGCUCAGCAAGUGAGCUCGAUUGAAAGUAUUCCCACUACAUGGCAAUGGAGCUACACGGGCUCUGACAUUGACGGCGACGUAGCCUACGAUCUCUUCACCAGCUCCAGCGCCAAUGGCACUGACGAGUACGAGAUAAUGAUCUGGCUGGCGGCUCUCGGGGGCGCAGGCCCGAUAUCGUCGACUGGCUCCGCCGUCGCUACUGUUACAAUUGGAGGUGUUUCCUGGUCACUGUACAGCGGGCCGAACGGGUCUACCACGGUCUACAGCUUCGUGGCCAACAGCGAACAGACCGACUUUUCCGCUGAUCUGAACGACUUUCUCCAGUAUCUGGAGGAGAAUGAGGACUUUAGCUCGAGUCAGUACUUGUUGUCGAUUCAGGCUGGUACUGAGCCUUUUACUGGGUCUGAUGCUACACUGACGACUACGGCAUACAGUGUGAGCAUAUCUUGA